AUGGCAACAGAAUUUGUGAAGAGUUGCUGUAGAGGAUGUUUCUAUGGUGAAACAGAAAAACACAACUUUUCCAUGGAGGGAGACUUUAAAGAAGCAGUGUCAAAAAGGCAAAGUACGGCUCUGUGUGUCCCUCCCUUGUCUUCUGUCUCUGUAAAGCCUCAGGUUGGCUGUACUGAAGAUUAUUUACUUUCCAAAUUACCAUCUGACGGCAAAGAAGUGCCAUUUGUGGUCCCCAGGUUUAAAUUGUCUUAUAUUCAGCCCCGGACACAAGGAAUUCUGCCUUCACAUCUAGAAGAGCUGGAAGGAUCUGCCAGAGCCUCUUUCGGAGAUCGGAAGGUAGAACUUUCCAGUUCAUCGCAGCAUGGACCCAGCUAUGAUGUGUAUAACCCCUUCUACAUGUACCAGCACGUUUCACCUGAUUUGAAUCGGCGCUUUUCUCCUCGUUCAGCAACAACAAGAUUAUAUGGCUCGGUUUGUGAUUUAAGGACCAGCAAACCUCCCAAUACCCCUGGGCUUAGUAAGUCUAUGUUUGAUCUUACAAGUUCAUCUCAGCGAUUCAUCCAGCGGCAUGAUUCCCUGUCCAGUGUGCCCAGUAGCUCUUCUUCACGCAAGAAUUCUCAGGGGAGUAGCAGAAGCCUGGAUACGAUCACUCUCUCAGGAGACGAAAGAGAUUUGGGGCGAUUGAAUGUAAAAGUGUCUUAUAAUCCUUCGGUCGAGCAGAUCUGGAUCACAGUUUUACAGUGCAGAGAUUUACUUUGGCCCUCUAGCUGUGGAGACUCUCCUACUAUUUUGAUAAAAGGAACGCUCACGUUGGCCAAACCUGUGCAUUUCAAAUCUUCCGCCAAGGAAGGCUCCAAUACUAUUGAAUUCAUGGAAACAUUUGUAUUUGCUAUUAAACUCCAAAGUCUACAAAGUGUAAGACUUGUGUUUAAGAUUCAAACCCAGACCCCCAGGAAGAAAACCAUUGGUGAAUGCUCCCUGUCACUCAGAACUCUCAGCUCACAGGAAAUGGAUUAUUCUUUGGACAUAACACCACCUUCCAAAGUUUCCGUGUGCCACGCAGAACUUCAACUGGGGACCUGUUUCCAGGCGGUGAAUAGCAGGAUUCAGUUACAAAUUCUUGAGGCGCAAUAUCUUCCGAGCUCAGCCACGCCUCUGACUUUGAACUUUUUUGUGAAGGUGGCCAUGUUUAGCUCCGGGGAGCUGAUUUAUAAGAAGAAGACGCGCCUGCUGAAGGCCUCCAAUGGAAGGGUCAAGUGGGGAGAGACUAUGGUUUUCCCUCUCGUGGCGAGUGAAAAGGACAUCAUCUUCCUCCUGAAGCUGUAUAGUCGAAGUUCUGUGAGAAGAAAACACUUUGUGGGCCAGAUUUGGAUAAGUGAAGAGUGUAAUAACACCGAGGCAGCAAACCAGUGGAAGGAGACAGUUACCAACCCAGAGAAAGUUGUUAUCCAGUGGCACAGAUUAAAUCCAUCUUGA